CCUGAGGGAGCUUCUUCAUCACGACCAGCUCAGAAAGCAAAUGAUCCAUUCAGCACUCAGAGGAAGAAGCAGAGGUGGAGUUGGAGCUGCAAUGUCUAUUUCUUCGGGGGCUUUCGCCGGAACAGGCCAAUAUUUCGUGAAAUUUCGGGCUGGCCGAAAACCAGGGUUUUUAGCCCUAGAAUCAAUGGGACAAGGGUUUUCAGAGCUUCUUCUUCUUCCUCCUUUUCCCCGCUCCUCUGCUCUGCUCCUUCUUGUCCUACUCUUCCGUUUUCUUUGACGGCGUGCCCAACGGCGUCAACUCCCUGCCGUUACGACUACCGCUACGUCGACGGCAGCUUCGCCAGAGGCUUCUUCGCCAACGAGUCCGUUACCCUGUCGGCCGUCAAACCCAACGGAAGACAUGACGGGAACGUGAGGCUCCGUCAUUUGCUGAUAGGGUGCAGCGACGCGUUUCAGGGCAGGAGUUUUAAGGAGGCCGACGGGGUUUUAGGGUUGGGUCAGAGCGCCGUCAGCUUCGCCGUACAGUUAUCACGUCGAUUUGACGGCAAGUUCUCCUACUGUCUGGUCGACCACCUUGCCCCAAAAAACCACACGAGUUUCCUUAUUUUCGGAAAUGCCCCAGGGGCAAACCGGUCUCUCUCUCCCAAGGAAUUUCGUCGGACUCCGCUUAUAUUGGACCAGGCGUUGCAGCCGUUUUACGGCGUUAAGGUGAGAGGAAUCUCCCUCGACGGAAAACUCGUUGAGAUACCGGAUUCCGUCUGGAUGAUGAACCUAACGGCGCAAUCGGGGGGCGUUAUACUGGACUCUGGUACGACUCUAACGGCGUUAGUUGAGCCGGCCUAUGAGGCCGUUUUAACGGCAUUCAAGGAGAAACUAACGGGCGUUAGGAGAGUUGAGCUAUCGCCGUUUGAUUUUUGCUUCAAUAGUAGCAGCAGUGAGAGAGGGAACAGUAGUGAGGUAGAGAGAGAAAGAGAGAUUGUGAUUCCUAAGAUGGUAUGGCAUUUGGGGGGAGGGGUGAGAUUUGAGCCGAGGGGAGAGAGUUACGUGAUCGAUGUUGCAAAGGGCGUCAAGUGUUUGGGGAUACAGGGUGCGGCCUGGCCCGGUUUUUCGACGAUAGGGAAUAUAAUGCAGCAGAGUUUUUACUGGGAGUUCGAUUUGAAGAAUGGGAUGUUGGGUUUUGGGCGCUCCAGUUGUUCAACGUCUUAGAGAGAGAAAGAGGGGGAUAGACACUAAUGGCUGCCUGCAAUGGGGUUCUCUCUCUCUCUCUCUCUCUAUCUAACU